AGGGAAAAUAUUGAAGGGCUUAAUGGUAAAAAUGAAAAAAGAAAAAGGGUGGGCUGUCGCUCGAGCUUUCAUUGCAUGACCCUUGUUUUGUUGUGUCAAGAACAGGAAUCAGUCGCCACCCCGCUUGGGUAUUUCUCCUCUCUGCAUUUCUAGAUAAUUAGUGGUAUGGCGGAAGAAGAUUUACAGAAACUUGAUGGUGGGGAGGCACCAGAGGACUUGCAGUUGAAACACGAGGAUGUUGAUGUUCCUGAAAAAUUACAGCCUACACAAAUACAAGAAUCUGCCCAUGAUGAGGGAAAUAGGUGGCCUGGAUGGCCUGGAGAGAAUGUUUUCAGGGUGUUGAUUCCUCUGCACAAGGUUGGCAGUUUCAUUGGCCGAAAGGGAGAGUCCAUUAAGAAAAUAAUUGAGGAGACAAAGGCCCGGAUUAAAGUUCUGGAUGGGCCUCCUGGGUUCUUGGAAAGAGCAGUCAUGGUUUCCGCUAAAGAAGAGCCCAAUGUUCCUAUCUCUCCAGCUAUGGAUGGUUUGCUGAGGGUUCAUAAGCAAAUUUUUGGUUCAGAUGAUGCUGCUAGUCCUGCUACUUUAGGAAUCAAAGCCAGACUACUAGUGCCUGGUGCUCAAGCAGCAAGUUUGAUUGGGAAGCAAGGCUCCACUAUAAAAUCUAUUCAAGCUACUUCUGGUUGUAUUAUUCGAGUGCUUGGAGCAGAACACCUCCCACCUUUUGCUCUGGAGGAUGAUAACAUUGUUGAGAUACAAGGUGAGCCAGCAGGUGUGCACAAAGGAGUUGAACUGGUUGCUAGUCAUCUUCGAAAGUUCUUAGUUGACCGCAGUAUUAUUGGAGUGCUUGAAAAGCAAAUGCAAAUGCCAAGUGUUCAAUCAAACCAGAACAUGCCCCCACAACAACCUUGGGGCCCUCCACAAGGUUUUCUGAACAGUGCUGGUGGUGUAAAUGGUUAUGGGUCCAAUCCCCAACAUUUGCUGUCUCAACAUCAAUUUGACAAUUAUCAUCCACAUUCUGAUAUUCCUUCUUUUGAUAAGCAGCCCCAUCAAGGUCCUUCCUUAUAUGGAAAAGAUAUCUCUAUAAGCCAUUCAUCAAAUACUCAGCCACAGCCGGUGGUUGGAAAGGUGACACACCACAUGCAAAUUCCUCUAUCAUAUGCUGAUGCUGUGAUUGGGGUAUCUGGUGCAAAAAUAAGUUACAUACGUCGUGCCAGUGGGGCUGCUAUUGCAGUACAGGAAACAAGGGAUGUGCCCGGUGAGAUGACUGUUGAAAUUAGUGGAUCUGCUUCGCAAAUGCAAACAGCUCAACAGUUAAUACAGAUAAGUAGAGAAUCCGUUGUUUCAUGAAAUUGUUCUGGGCUUAAACCCUGGUGCAAGCACAAACCAUCAAAAGUUGUGCUUCCAGUUAAUUAAAUUUCACGUUUGCUGCCGCUGCCCAAACAUUGCUUUGGUAGAAGGGAUAGCUGUCCCAUUAAAUAAUUUCUUUCCCCUACUUUCUGUUUUUAGGGAUCUGGAUAAGCAGAUGGGUUGUGAAUAAGAUAGCCCUCUAGUUGUUGCUUAUGGAAUCAAUGUUAAGAGUGCAGGUCUCGUAUUCACUGUAUAUUUGAGCAAAAAUUAAACUAGAAGAGGCAUGAUAAGCUUCAGCAUUUUACUGGUUCAAUUACAUUAAAUGUAGCACAUUGUGCAUGGCAGUAUGAGCAUGUGAAUAAAUGUAUGACAACCAAAGCUUGGGCCUUGGAAUAUGUUCCACUUGCUAAGAAUUUUAUUUCCACUAUUCUGCUGUUUAGCCUUUAUAUCUCUGGUAAAGCCUUUUCAAACCUGGAACCCUGUUUCAUGCUGCAACUAUUGUAAUGCGAGAAUUUGCUAGAAGCAGACUCAUUACCACUUGUUUAUACUAUAUUGAUAUCCAUUCAUGUCUUUUUGUUGACCUGACAUUUACCACUUGUUUAUACUAUAUUGAUAUCCAUUCAUGUCUUUUUGUUGACCUGACAAUAGAAUGUGUUUCAUUCGAGGAACUGGUCACCUUAAUAGUAAUGUUUGUGAAUUAGUUUUUGUUGACCUGACAAUAGAAUUAGUUUUUGCGAGGGGAGGAGCAUUUAUUUGUUGAUUUGUUUAAAUUGCUGUCCUUUUU